AUGUCUCAAUCACAAGCGCAAGAUAAGCUCACUAGGAUCGCCAUUGUGAGCCAAGAUAAAUGUAAGCCGAAAAAAUGUCGGCAAGAAUGCAAGAAAUCGUGUCCGGUCGUGCGGAUGGGCAAAUUGUGUAUUGAGGUUACUCCCUCCGACAAGAUCGCUUUCAUUUCUGAGGAACUUUGCAUCGGAUGUGGAAUUUGUCUCAAGAAAUGUCCCUUCCAAGCAAUCAAUAUCAUAAACCUUCCCAGCAAUUUGGAAACCCAAGUCACUCACCGUUAUGGUCCAAACUCUUUCAAACUUCACCGCUUGCCAAUGCCGAGGCCUGGUGAAGUUCUGGGUCUCGUUGGAACAAACGGCAUAGGAAAGUCUACCGCGUUAAAAGUAUUGGCGAGCAAGCUUAAGCCUAAUUUAGGCCGCUACAAGAACCCACCGGAUUGGACAGAAAUUCUUAUACAUUUCCGCGGCUCAGAACUUCAAAACUAUUUCACGAAAAUACUAGAAGACAACCUGAAGGCUGUUAUAAAGCCCCAGUACGUUGACCAGAUUCCCAAAGUCGUCUCGGGCUGCGUAAAUACCCUACUCAGUCGUAAGGAUGACAACGGGAAGCGGGAGGAGAUCCUCGAAGUCCUGGACUUGACGACUCUAGUGGAGCGCGAUGUCAUUGAACUUUCCGGAGGAGAACUGCAGCGUUUUGCCAUUGCGAUGGUUUGUGUCCAGAGGGCCGACAUCUACAUGUUCGACGAGCCUAGUUCUUAUCUGGACGUCAAACAACGUUUGAAUGCCGCUAUUACGAUAAGAAACCUUCUUGAUAAAUCUAAUUACGUGGUCGUCGUGGAACACGACUUGUCUGUGCUUGAUUACCUCUCCGACUUUAUCUGCUGUCUAUACGGAGUUCCUGGGGCGUAUGGUGUCGUAACGAUGCCUUUCUCCGUACGAGAAGGUAUCAAUAUCUUCCUUGACGGUAUGAUUCCUACCGAGAACAUGCGAUUUAGAGAUGCUCCGCUCGUCUUUAAGGUGAGUGUCCUGGUUCUUAUUUUCAAUCCCAAAUAUCCAUAUUAUCAGGAGCUUUGGAUGCAGUUCACUUUGUUUCUUCCACAUACGAGUUUUCUUCUUUACGAUGACCUAAGUUCAGCGUCUAUCUUAUCGACAUUCGUGUUUUAUACGCAUCAUGCCCCUCCUUUAUAA